UCUCCCUCUCUAUAUCUCUCCUCCCCCUUCUCGACAUUGCGUGAGUGCGUGUCUCCGUGCUACAACAGCCAAGUGCUAUGUUUCUCUGUCUGCUCUGCCACACACACCCAACAAAACACAUGUUUGAUAAUGUAUCAGUCUAAGGUAGUGGGAAAAUUGGAGAGUUUCAUUUCCAUGGCCUACUUUUCCAACAAUAAAGGUUAGUCUAGUAAUUGUAAUAAGGUCCUCCUUAAUCUCUCUCCUUUAUAAAUUCAACCCAUUUCUGCCACCACUUACAUUCUCAGCCACUUCAAAAAAUAAAACCAGAUAAGCAGAAAAACAGAGAAGAUGCAGGGGAAGAUCGUAAUGAGCUUUUUGAUGGUACUGCUGCUAAUUACCUGCUUGGUGGGUAGUGGGACUGCAAACAGAGCGAAUCGUGUGAGAGCAACUUACCAUUUGUACAAUCCAGAGAAUAUCGGAUACGAUUUGUCGGAGGCUAAUGCCUUCUGUGCCACAUGGGACGCAGACAAGCCCUUGGAAUGGCGUUGCAAAUAUGGUUGGACCGCUUUCUGUGGACCUGCUGGUCCUCGUGGCCAGGCUGCUUGUGGCAAAUGCUUGAGGGUAACGAACACAGCGACAGGAGCUCGAGCAACAGUGAGAAUUGUGGACCAAUGCAACAAUGGUGGGCUUGACUUGGAUGUUAAUGUCUUUAACGAGAUUGACACCGAUGGUAGAGGCCAGGAUCAAGGCCAUCUUAUGGUCAGCUAUCGGUUUGUCAGCUGCUAAGAGACUAUGUAAUAUCCAUGCAAUAUAAAAAGUAUAAUAAAUAAGCGAACGGACUCGCCGUGGAGCUCAAGUGGCAGAGGUUCCACAUUCCAGCCUGCGUGUGCUCGGGACCGAGUCUUGGGGUGGGGGCCCAACCAUAGCCACACUAGCAAAAUAAAUAAAUAAAUAAAUAAAUAUUGCCCUCUUCUUAGAAUCUUAUAGAAGUGUUUGCUUUAAAUGCACACUUUUGACUAUUUGGGAGAAAUAAAUGAUAUUUUAAUUACAUGAA